CCAUAUACCCCAGAUUUCGUUUUGUUGUUUUGGAUCUGAUUUCAAAACAAAUCUUCAAUUAUGGGGAGUUUGGGAGCGCUUGUGAAACACCCGGAUGAUUUCUAUCCAUUGUUGAAGCUGAAAUUGGCUUCGAGGCAUGCCGCGAAAAAGAUCCCGUCGGAGCCUCACUUGGCCUUUUGUUUCUCCAUGCUUCACAAAGUCUCUCGUAGUUUCGCCUUCGUUAUUCAACAGCUCGACACCGAGCUUAGAAAAGCCAUCUGCAUAUUCUAUUUGGUUCUUCGAGCGCUGGAUACUGUUGAGGAUGACACUAGUGUAGCAACUGAUGUCAAAGUUCCUAUCCUCAAGGACUUUUAUCGUCAUAUAUACGAUCGCAACUGGCACUUUUCAUGUGGUACAAAGAACUACAAAGUUCUUAUGGACGAGUUUCAUCAUGUAUCUACUGCUUUUCUCGAACUCGAUAAAGGUUAUCAGGAGGCUAUCGAGGACAUUACGAAAAGAAUGGGUGCAGGGAUGGCAAAAUUCAUUUGCAAGGAGGUUGAAACGGUUGAUGACUACGAUGAAUAUUGUCACUAUGUAGCAGGACUUGUGGGAUUAGGUCUUUCCAAACUUUUCCAUGCCUGCGGCACAGAAGAUUUGGCUCCAGAUUCACUCUCCAAUUCAAUGGGUUUAUUUCUUCAGAAAACGAAUAUUAUCCGAGAUUAUCUUGAGGAUAUUAACGAGAUACCAAAGUCUCGAAUGUUUUGGCCUCGUGAGAUUUGGAGUAAAUAUGUCAACAAACUGGAGGACUUGAAAUACGAAGAAAACUCGGUCAAGGCAGUGCAGUGCUUGAAUGACAUGAUCACUAAUACUUUAAUCCAUGUGGAUGAUUGCAUGAAGUACAUGUCUGCUUUAUGUACUCCGUCAAUCUUUCGGUUUUGUGCUAUUCCUCAGGUCAUGGCUAUUGGAACACUAGCCUUGUGCUACAACAACAUUGAAGUUUUCAGAGGCGUAGUGAAAAUGAGGCGUGGCCUCAACCCCACGAUCCUAACGGCACUCCCUUCCACGUUUCUAGCCAACAAAACCAUGCCCAGAAAAGAGCAACGGACGCCGAAAAAAACUGAAAGCAGUUCCUGUUUUUUUCUAUUUAAAAGCAAUGCUCGAGUCAAGAAAAGGGGAGGAAGGAAUUGA